GAUAGCAGGAGUUUCUGCUGCUUAUUUCUGGUUCCAGGCUGCAGUGAGAGAUGGAGCACAUCAUAAAGUUCUCAAUUUUCCUCGCAUUUAUAGUUCAGCUGGCUUCAGCAGCCACCCACUCUCUGGACUACUACUUCACUGGAGUCACAUCAGGAAUCAGCUUCUCAGAGUUCACUGCUGUUGGACACGUGGAUGGACUUCAAUUUGCGUAUUACGAUAGCAACAGCAAGAAAGUGAUUCUAACAGCAGAUUGGAUAAAGAACUACAAUGAUGCACAGCACUGGAACUUGAUGACGCAGCUUGGGCAGGGUCAUGAGGCCACAUUCAAAUUUGAGCUGCCUUAUCUAAUGAAGCUUUUCAAUCAGACUGGAGGGAUUCACACAUGGCAGAGGAUGUUCGGCUGUAAACUGCAUGAUGAUGGAACCAAGACAGGAUACAGCCAAUACGGUUACGAUGGAGAAGACUUCAUCAGUCUGGAUCUGAGCACUGCCACCUGGACUGCAGCUAACGAUAAAGCUGUUAUUAUAAAACAGGAAUGGGAGAGUACAACUAGAGCCAAAACCCAGAAGAACUUUCUGGAGACCGAAUGCAUUGAGAGGUUACAAACGUAUGUGGAUUAUGGCAGAGCCACUCUGGAGGGGAAAGUUCCUCCUGAGGUGUCUCUGUUCCAGAAGGAUUCUUCUUCUCGAGUAGUGUGUCUUGCUACAGGUUUCUUCCUCAAAGCAAUGAUGAUCUCCUGGCAGAAGAAUGGAGAGGAUCUGCAUGAGGACGUGGAGCUCAGAGAGACGCUACCCAACCUGGAUGACACCUUCCAGAAGAGGAGCAUUCUGACUGUCUCACCUGAGGAGCUGGACAAACACAACUACACCUGCAUCAUUCAGCACAGCAGUCUGGAGAAAGAGAUAGUGUUACAUGUGAUGAAUCACAGAGCCAUGCAGAAAGGUGGGGCCCGAACACCGAGCGGUGACGAACCCCGGCAAGGACGGCGAGGAGAGAGCCACGAGUGA